AUGGAGCGCUUCAGGAACUUGCUGGGCGGCGGCGGCAUGGGCCUUGGGGGAGCUGCGCCCGGCACGGACAACACAAACCUCAUCGAUAACUCAGAGACCGUCUACAUCUCGUCCCUGGCUCUGCUCAAGAUGCUUCGGCACGGCCGCGCCGGCGUGCCCAUGGAGGUCAUGGGCUUGAUGCUGGGCGAAUUCGUGGACGACUUCACCGUCAAGGUCAUGGAUGUCUUUGCCAUGCCCCAGAGCGGCACGGGUGUCAGUGUAGAGGCCGUCGACCCCGUCUUCCAGACCAAGAUGAUGGACAUGCUGCGGCAAACGGGGAGGCCCGAGUCCGUCGUGGGUUGGUACCACUCGCAUCCUGGCUUUGGCUGCUGGCUCUCUUCGGUCGAUAUCAACACCCAACAGUCCUUUGAGCAGCUGAACCCCCGCGCCGUGGCCGUCGUGGUCGACCCCAUCCAGUCCGUCAAGGGUAAAGUUGUCAUCGACGCAUUCCGCCUUAUCAAUCCUCAACUCCUCAUGAUGGGGCAGGAGCCUCGACAGAGCACAAGCAACCUGGGACACCUGAACAAGCCCUCCAUCCAGGCGCUCAUUCACGGCCUGAACCGCCACUACUACUCAAUCGGCAUCAACUAUCGCAAGACGGCGCUCGAGGAGAACAUGCUGAUGAACCUGCACAAGCACGUGUGGACCGAGGCCCUGCAGAUGGACGACUUCCGGACAGAGGGCGAGAAGAACAAGGAGCGGCUGCAGAGACUGGUGACCCUGGCAGACGGCUACGAGAAGCGCGUCAAAGAAGAGACGGAGCUCACAAAGGAGCAGUUGAAGACGCGAUACGUCGGCAAGCUGGACCCGAAGAAGCACUUGGAGGACGUCGGCCAGGAGCUGAUCGAGGACAACAUCGUCUCGGUGUCGCGGCAGAUGAUUGACAAGGAGGCGACGAUGCCGAAGAAGGACGCCGGGCACGCUAAUGGCGAGCGGAUGGACGUCGAAGAGGAUCUGUAG